AGUAGGAGAGAUUCGAGGAAAAAGAGCUAUUGACUAGUUAGAAUCUCCAUCUAUUACCUAUACAACUACAGGGGUCUUGGUCCUUUAAUUUUGAUUCUCACAGACGGAGAUAGAUUCCCAACUCCUCUCUCUUUUCAGAAUCGAAUCCAAUUUCCCCAGGGCGAUGGCUGUGACGGUGAAGCAGAUGGCUGUGAUAGUGGCCUUUUUUGGUGUACUGUCUUUCAUCUUCGGGAUUAUUGCGGAAAACAAGAAGCCGGCAGCUGGAAAACCAGUGCCAUGGAAAGAUGUUGUUAUUUGCAAGUAUCCUUCUGAUCCUUCGGUGGCAUUGGGAUAUCUGUCAUUUGCAUUUCUCCUUGUAUCUACAGUGGUUGGGUUCUUGUCACUGUUUUACCCAUAUCAAGGGAAGUCCCUUCCGCAAGCUGCUUUGUUCCGGAGCAAGAGUUUCGUUGUCUUCUUCAACAUUUCUUUGCUUACAGCAGGACUAGCUGCAGCUCUGUUGCUGUGGACUACAAUAACGGAGCAACUUCAUCUAUCACGAAAUGUCCAUCACAAUCUUAAAACAGACUGCCCCACUGCUAAGACCGGUCUCCUUGGUGGCGGUGCUUUUGUAUCCCUUGAUUCAUCCCUUUUCUGGUUGGUUGCCCUCAUGCUGGCCGACAAUGCCCGAGAGGACUACUUCGAGGAGUCGGAUAAGGAUGUCAAGGGUAGUGGGUAUACAGACGUACAUGGAGCUGAUUAUGGACAACAUGUUGUAAAAGGUAGUGCUUGAAGUCUAUUGCCUUGGCAAGAAGGGCUCGGAUGAAUGCCAUUCCGUUUUCGUUUAGGUUCUCUUCCAUUUUCAAUUCUAUGCUCAUAAGCUUGUGAAUCAAGCAACUUUAUGCAGUGUAAUUGAAUGUAGAUAAAAUUGAAGAUAGCUAGAUAUGCACUUUAUGUCUCCUUGUGGCUAUGAACUCAGUGGUAUGGAGCAUGAAUAAGCUUUUUUACGUCUCUAAACUUUUCCUUCA